GAGCAGCUUCGUGAUAUCAGUCUCUGGGGUCUACCAUCCGCCGUGGUUGAUAACUACCAGGGCAAGGGAGUUCGGAAAAUGUUCCAAUGGCAGGUGGAGUGCCUGAUGACAAAAGGAGUCCUCAAAGGGAAAAACUUGGUUUAUUCUGCCCCAACGAGCGCUGGUAAAACCUUGGUGUCUGAGCUGCUGAUGCUGAAGAAGGUUCUGGAAACCCGGAAGAAAGCGGUAAUGAUUCUACCCUUCGUCUCCGUCACCAGAGAGAAGAUGUUCUACUUCCAAGACAUGUUUUCAUCGGGUGGGAUUCGGGUCGGAGGAUACAUGGGGAGCCAUCUCCCCGUCGGAGGCUUCCAAUCGGUCGACAUCGCUGUUUGCACGAUUGAGAAGGCGAACGCGCUCAUCAAUAAGCUUCUCGAGGAAGACGUCAUCGAUGAGAUUUGUUGCGUUGUGGUUGACGAGCUUCAUAUGCUCGGGGAGUCCCAGAGAGGUUACCUCCUCGAGUUGCUGUUGACCAAGCUGAUCUUCUACCGGAGGCAAAACGAGAAUUGUGAUAUACAGAUUAUCGGGAUGAGUGCAACGCUACCCAACUUGGACCUUAUCGCCGGCUGGUUGGACGCAGCUCUCUAUACAACAGACUUCAGGCCCGUUCCUCUGACCGAAUGCCUCAAGGUUGGAGCCGAGUCACCCCGAGACAUCACCACGUCCGCCGAGGCUUCGAUUCCGCUACUGAGAUUCCCGCUCCCUGUCGAUGACGUAGACGGCGCGCUGUCUCUGAUCGUCCACACUGUCUCAUUGGGAUUCGGAGUUCUUGUGUUUCUUCCAACGAAGGCUUGGUGCGAAACCAUGAGCCAACAGAUCGCGAGGGCAUUCCUAGCUGUAGGAAGACCACCACCAGAUCCCGAAAGCGUGCCGCCGGAUUUACUCGAGCUGGGAGUCAAGCUCCGCGCAGUGAAUAACAGACAAGCGAUUCAGGACGUUCUGGAGCAACUGAAGCAGUCGCCAGCAGGUCUGGAUAAAGUUUUUGAGAAGACCGUCCCUUUCGGAGUCGCCUUCCACCACGCAGGACUGACCUUCGAUGAGCGCGACAUCAUCGAGAACGCUUUCAAGGCCGGAAUUAUAAAUGUAUUGACGGCGACGUCUACCCUAUCGUCUGGAGUGAAUCUGCCCGCGCGUAGAGUGAUCAUAAGGACUCCGAUUUUCGGGAGGCAGCUCCUCGACGUCAUGACCUACAAGCAGAUGAUCGGUCGCGCGGGACGAAAAGGCAUCGAUGAGCGAGGCGAAUCGAUACUCAUGUGCAAAGAGAAUGAGCGCGCACAGGCAACCAGGCUGGCGACGAUGAAACUCCACCCCGUUCGGAGUUGCUUGAGUUCUCGAGGCUCCGUAUCUUCAGGAUUGAAGAGAGCCAUCAUGGAGGUGAUCGCGUCGGGGAAAGUGAAAUCCCUCAAGGACAUUGAUACGUACAUCGAAUGCACUUUUUCGAGCAAGUGCAUUGAAGAUCACGACGACGGCUCGACAUCAUCUGCGAAAGACUGCGUCGAUUAUCUCGUCAAAAACGACUUCAUAAGCGUCUGCACCGAGGACGACGAAGGCAGGGUGACCCCCACCAAACUCGGCUUAGCUGUACUGGCCAGCAGUCUAUCCCCCGAUCAGGCGCUCUUAGUUUUACGAGAGUUGAAGAAAUCACGACAGAGCUUCGUCCUCGAAAACGACCUCCAUAUCAUCUACGAGGUGACUCCGUAUUUCAUCAGCGAACAAGCAGCUAUCGAUUGGAUGCGACUAAUGGAAACAUAUGACGCCUUGACGGAAGAUCGGAAAAGAGUAGCAGAAGUCAUAGGAUUUGAGCCGGCUUUCGUUUCCAAGUGCAUUCGAGCUGCUGCAUCGAAGCGUGAAAUGAGUUCGAAAGUCACUCUUCAUCAGAGAUUCUACGUCGCAUUGGCCCUCAAUGAGCUCGUUCAGGAAGUUCCUCUGUCAGAAGUAUCGGAAAAGUUUGGCCUCCAGAAAGGUUUACUACAAAACCUUCAGCAGAGCGCUGCAACAUUCGCAGGAAUGGUCUCGAUAUUCUGCAAACGUUUGGGUUGGCACAAUCUGGAAUUGCUCAUUUCUCAAUUCCAAAAGCGACUACACUUCGGGGUUCAACAAGAGCUUUGUGAGCUUCUGCAAUUAGUCCCUAUGACGGCACAGGUAGCUAGGAUACUUUUCAACGCGGGCUUCACAAAUUUGCCGCAAGUGGCUCGCGCAGAGCUUCAUGAAGUCGAAAGCGCCCUUAGGAACGCGAGAGCUUACCAAACCAACAACGGCGAAAGCUCUUCGGAAGUCCGCUGGAUAUACCUGAACGGAUUCGACUCGUUGAAUGAAAGGAAAGCAGCAAGAAUACUCAUCGACGAAGCCAGGAAGACUUUACAUGAUUGGUUGGGUGUGAAAGUAGACUUCGACAAGAAAGAAAUGCCUUUGAGUCAGCAGACGCAGGAUCCUGCGAAUCCUUCUCAGAGUAAAAUUGAAAAAUGCGAGCCUUCCCAACCAAUGGACGAAAUCCACGAAAAUCAGCAAUCCGACGGGAUCGAAGAAGAUCCCGGAAACUCUCUCCCGAAAGUCACGGAAGAAUCCGGCGAAAAUUCGGAAAUCGAGGAUAGUGAUGUCGAAGAACUCCAAAAAGAUGAGGAUCGAGUGAACCGAAGCAUGCCUCCCGCCGACGGAAAGUCCUCGGAGGCGGGAAGUCCUCGAACUUCGGAAGCCGCAAUGGAUCACGAGGAUCCAAUCGGGGGAAUGGACUCAGAUCGUCUGGAUCAGGGGGAUCGGAGCGAAGAUGUCCCCAGGAGUAGCUCAAAAGUUUCUCUCCCAGCGUCGAAUAGAGUUCAAGUUCCACUAUUCUCCACUCCCAACCAGUCUUCUUCGGCCGCAGAUGUGUCCAUACAGGGUGUUGCCAAGGAGGGUAAUCGCUCCGUGUUGUCGAAUACGGCGAGCUCCGGUUUGUUCGACGACAUUCUGUCUCCGCCGAACGCGGCAGACGACAUUCGAACGAGUUCUGAGCGCAAAGCGAGUGAGUCGAUUGGAGACUCCAUUUUCGACGGGGUCAAAACCCAGAAUAGCACCACGGACACCUCUCUGUUCGACGGCAUACUCACCGAUGGUAACCCCCGGCCACCUGAUCCGAUUCCAGCGGAUGUCUCGACAAGCGACACGACUGCUCCGAGGAUCCGUUUGACUCCAAGCAAACGAAAAACGCUAUUGGAGGAAGCCAAAUCAUUCUCGGAGUCUCUGAGGACGGGCGGCAUCAAGAGGCUGAGCGAUGGCGAGCCUGGUACAAGCCGGAAAAAAGUGCGGCGGAGCUUGGAAGAGGCUCAAGAGUUCCAGCCACGGGUCGAGGAUUCCUUAGCGAUUUUCAACUCGAGUCAAAUGGACGGCAUCACCCAGAAGACUAAAAUCGCUAAUAUGCAGCCCAACGAUAGUGCUGCAGAUUUAGACUGUGUUCUGACUUGUCUCUCACGACCCAACCAGAGCGCAUGCGUGCCUAAUCCCGAAGCCCAGGACACGCUGGACAUGAUCUCUACUUUAUGUACGCCCACACAUACGGGUGACAUGACGAAAUCUGUGUCAAGUCAUGAUUCGGACAGCGACUUGUUCUCCGACGGGGAGAACGGUACCCCUAACAGAAACGUCAAGGAGUCGACCUGUUCGGAGCAGGCGUCCCUCGAACUCCGUAUUUCUUCAGAAUCUUCUGUCAGUCAAAGAGAAGACGUGACUUCAUCCACUCUAGAAAAAAUCCUCAUUUUCCGAAAUGUCAUGGAAAGUGAGCUCCUGCAGAAGAUAGAAAGCGCGGGAGGAAGGAUCUCCAUAGUGCUAGACACCGAACCCAAUGAGGAGAGGGUCCGUAUCGGACCGAUGCUGGUCCAUCCCCAGAGUGUAGAGGACGUUCCGGCCCUGACUUUCGAAAACAACCGAGUCACCGGUUUUGUUUGUGCCAUGAAUUGCGCUGAGGCGUAUCACUUCACCUUGAAGAACAAAGACGACCCGUCGUUGAGGCUGCUCACAAAGCUAUUCCAGGGUCGCCAUACGAUCAUUUUGUUCGACUGUAUCACCCAGCUCAAAAUCUUGAUGGUGGCCUUGGGGAUAUUCCCGGAUGGCCACUUCGUGAGACUGGAGGACGCAUGCAUUGCUCACUGGCUGAUCGACUCUUCAAUCUACAAGCCUACAUUUGAAAAUUUGUGCAAAAUAUACUUCCCGGAAGCUCUGAAGAUUCUGAAAAAGAAGCUCAAGAUCCCUCCGUCUUGUCUCAAAGCUUGUGUCCAUUUUGAGCUCAUGAGUAUUUUGAAAUCGGCUCUGAACUCCAAGGAGAUAUCGAGGGACAUUUUCACGAAAGAGAUGAAAAUCUGUUGGGUACUCGCAAAGAUGGAUUUGAACGGUUUCGGGUACGACGACAAAAUUUGUGAAGCGCAGAUCAACGCUCUCAGACUCCUUCAGUUUGAGCUGGAAACGCGAAUGAUGACGCACGCUGGACGUAAUUUCAAGAUUUCUUCAGCAGUCGACGUCACGAAAGUGAUAUACUCGCUUUAUAAGGAAAAACUGGUCCGGCUCAAACUGAUCACCGGACGCGAGCAACCAAAAAGUUUGAAGCUCUCGUCGAAAUCGAUCCUCCUGAAACUCUCCGAAGACGGUGAAGAGUUGCCCCAACUGAUCGUUGACGCUAGAAAAAUCGCCUCGAUCCUAGCUCGGGAUAUGUAUCCCAUUUUGAGAGCGAAGAGCUUCCACAGUGAGCUAAAGCAGCACCGGAUCUACACGAGAUCGACGCCGUACACCAUGACCGGUAGGAUGGCGCUCGAGGAUCCGAAUCUCCAGAGCAUGGCGCGGAACUUCAGAUCAGCUGAUCACGAUAUCCUCAUCCGCAAGGCAUUCGUUCCCAUGCCGGGAGCUGUGAUACUUAGCGCGGACUUCUCCCAACUCGAGAUGCGACUGCUUGCGCAUCUAUCGGGGGAUCCUCUAUUGUGUGAGAUGUUUCGAAAGCCAGAAACGGACAUUUUUGUCCAGGUCGCUGCACAAUGGCGGCAGAUUCCAGCGAAUGAGGUCCUGGAUAAGCACCGGCAGCAAGCUAAAGAAUUGUGUUAUGGCAUUAUAUAUGGAAAAGGGGUCAAAAGUCUUGCCGAAGACUUGGGCGUGCCGCUGGCCGAAGGCGAGGCUUUCCUGAGGAGCUUCCAUACCGCAUUCCCCGGUAUAUCGAAAUUCACGAGUGAGAUCAUUCUGAAUUGCCGACGGACAGGCUAUAUAUCUACGAUGUCGGGUCGGCGUAGAUAUCUACCGCAAAUAAACUCCUCGAAAGCUGCAGAAAAGGCGCGGGCCGAGAGACAAGCGGUGAACUCGACAAUUCAAGGCUCUGCAGCUGACCUCCUGAAGAGCUGCUUGAUUGAAAUCGACGCUGAGCUGUCGAGAAGAUUUCCCGACGCUUCUCGACCGCAUCGCGCUGCACUGGACCCUCGGGAGAUUCCCAUUCGCGGGGCUUUCAUGGUUAUGCAGCUCCACGAUGAAGUCAUCCUCGAGGUGAAUGAGGCUAUCUUGUCAUCCGUCUCACAACUAGUCCGAUUCAAGAUGGAGCACGCUGCCGCAUUGCAAGUGCCUCUCGUCGUAAAACUGAAAACGGGUCCGCAUUGGUCGAGCGUCACAGCCUUCGAUUGUCUUUAGUUGUACCUCUUCGAUGAACUGAUCACGCUUCACCAGGAGCAGGAGCUCAAUUGUUCAAUCCCAUCACAAAUCUGUUCGUAACUUAUUGCUAGAUGACGAAUUUCUAUGGCAUGUUUGUUCAACCGAGAGUAUCUGAACUUCGGUUCUAGUGGUCAUUUAUCAUUCAAUAUGUACUGUUAUGUAUGCGACUUAAAGAUUUUAUUUUAGCUGGUGGAAGUCCGAAUAAAUCCCAAGCAUGGGAAGAAAU